UGGGACUGAUAUAUUCCCUCAAUCUUGCUUAUCCUCCAACACUGUGUUACACUUUUGAAGUGUUCCAGAAGCUUUUCUUAGAUUUAGACGCAAUAAAGCUAUCCCCCAAAGUACAAACUCUGAAAAUGAAGUUGCUGUCCAAAACUUAAAAGAUGACAUUUUAUUCAGCUUUGUUCAGCUUGGUAUGCUAUUGCCAUUAUAGCAGUUUAUGCUAUAAAGUUGUAUUGUUAUUGUGUAACUCUUGCACAUGCUUCAAAGUCGUUAAUUAUUCAUGAAUAUUAAUACAGUUGCAAAACCUGUGCAGCCAUUUCUCACAGCUGUGCCUUCAGAAAGGACUUUAAGUUUAUAAUAGUAUGACAAGAAGAAUUGCUGAUUUGUUGGUUUUUUUUUCAAGUCUAAAACUAGGACAAAAAAGGCUGUCAAUAAAACAAAGUUGUUAAAUAUUGUCAUUUUUAUAUUAUUGAUUUUUCGUAUUUUCUGUAUACACUUUAACGAAACUAGUAAUUACUCAAAUGUAGUGCUUAAAAAUUAUUUUGUAAUGAGAAUAAAUAUAGUGAUACAACGAAUAGAAUAUAAAUAACAUUUAUUAAAUUAAUUCAUUAUUGUAAGUGAUCAGCACACAUAAAAUUUACUCAGUAUUUCUAUGACACACAUAGAAAUACUAAAAAAAAAUCACAGAAACCUUACUUCAUUAUUUCAUAUAACCGAACAUAUAAAAAUCCAUCAUGUUGAGUAAGGUUUACUCACAAAUCGCUUUUAGGUUUUACUCGAUAAAGGCAAGAGAGUUUUACUUGAUUUAGAGUAGUAAAAUUUAAUAAGAAUCUGUUCAUGCAAAAACUUACGAUGAUUUUUCUAAGUAAAUGUUAUUAGUUAUUUUUUUCAGUGUACCUGCCUGUCGGGUUCAAUGUGUAUUUUGUUGUGAAAUGCCAAAUGCUAUCAUUUGUUUUUGCAAAACAAAUCUACCCACGGCUAUAAAUAAAGUAACCUUGAGCCUUGAACCUUGAACUUCCCUGUCCAUAAACUGCACCACCCAGUCUUAUUUAAACCCUCAGCAGGUAAACUUGAUGAUUACAAGAUCCUUUGUAAACAAGGAGACCAAAACAUGGGCAACGUGACUUCAAGGAAUGUUCAACCACAGCAACAAAGUGUCUUUAAAUCUGAUGGCUGGGUUUACAGGAUUCCUGCUCUUUUCUAUGAGAGAGAAAGUGAAACUCUUCUAGCUUUUGCAGAGCAGAGGACGACUGUGGAUGACAGCCAGUCCAAAAUGCUGGUAAUGAAAAGAGGAAAACUGAAGGAGGAAACCCCUACUGUGAAGACAAUUGAGUGGUCAGAGCUCCAACCAGUAGAAGAGGCACAGAUUGAUGGAUACCGCCCUAUGAAUCCCUGCCCGCUGUAUGACAAAACCAGCAAAACCCUUUUCCUGUUUUUCAUCUGUGUUGAAGGCACCGUCUCAGAGCAGUGGCAGAUAAAACACUCCACAAACAAGGCCCGUCUGUGCUACAUCACCAGCAUCGAUCUUGGAAAAACCUGGAGUAAAUUGACUGAUCUGACUGACAAACUGCCUGAAAUUGAAACUUGGGCCACUUUUGCUGUCGGGCCGGGCCACGGUCUUCAAACAGAGCAGGGAAGGUUGAUUGUUCCACUUUAUGCUUAUACUUCUGGCAUGAGCUGCUGCUGUUGCUUGUUUAAAUGCUGUGCUCCUUGUCAUGCACUCUCCCUGUACAGUGAUGAUUCUGGUAAAAAUUGGCAAUUUGGCCAAAUGUUUCAAGCAAAAUCGAAUGAAUGUCAAAUGGCAGAGGUUUUUGACGAAAGCGGCAACAGCAUCAUCUACUGCAACGCUCGCACUAAAGGAGGAUAUAGAGAGGAAAGUAUCAGUAAGGAUAAUGGACAUGAGUUUUGCAAGCUGAGUGGUGCUCAAAAACUUGUGGAGACAGGCAGCGGCUGUGAGGGAAGCGUGGUUUCUUUUCCAGAUCAGAAUGAAGAUGUAAAAAAUGAUCAGAGCCAGAAAGCAAACAAGUGGCUGCUCUUCACCCACCCAAGUCACCAGUGCCGCAGGGUUAGUCUGGGAGUGUAUCUGAACAAAACACCACAUGAUCCAAAGUCGUGGAGCGAACCCUGGAUCAUCAACAGUGGACCCAGUGGUUACUCAGACCUGGCUUACAUUGGUGAGGGUUGGUUUGCUUGUCUGUUGGAGUGUGGGAAGGAGAAAUAUACUGAGCAGAUAGCUUCUGUGGUUUUCAGCUACAAUGAGCUCUAACAAGAAAUUGGAGAGUAAAAGAAAAUCUUUGCUUUAAUCCAAUGCAAAGGCUUGAUUGACUUUGAUAUCUGUCAGGAUUAAUAAAGUAUCUAUCUAUCUAUCUAUCUAUCUGUCUAUCUGUCUAUCUGUCUGUCUGUGUCUGUCUGUCUGUCUAAAAAAUGUAAAAUCUGUAAAAGCGUGUUAAUAAGAAACAAAUGGAGCCAUAUGCUACUUUUAUAAUAACAGUGAGGUCCUUCCACUUACAGAAAACAAUACAAAUACAAAGGCUGCAGAAAGAUUCUUCUUCCUGUUUUCAGAUCAUGUUAAACAUUGACUCAAAUCAAUUGGCUUAUGUGGAAGACAAAUCUGUCAGUAACAUCAGAUCAAGUUUUCCAAUGAUUUCAUUCAAAUGUAUGCAGCAUUAUUGUAAAAAAUAAAAUCAAUAUAAAAUCCAGAA